AUGCUCGUAAAAAAUCCGGCAGAUUCAGCCAGGCAGAAAUUGACCUACGACGUUAUUUACGAGUUUAUGAAGCAAGCUGCAAAAGAUAUCAGCAUGAAGAAACUCAAGGAAAUUAUCAAGAAACUUGAAGACGGAGGUGGAUGCGCAGUCGAGAGAUUAGAAAAGAGUUCCAUUAGAUUCAUCGUGAGGUUUUAUUCUCAAGAAAGUCUGGACAAGUUUAGGGGGCGAUGUUUGAAUGGUGAGCUAGCUGAGAAGCUGACUGUUCAUCUGAUGACUGUUGAUGAGAUAAGGGAGGUCUCUGGAAAGGAGUUGAACAUCCAGAUGAUCAUCGAAGACACUGACUAUGAAGAGGCAAAGAGUAUCCUGGGGCAGAGUCGUGAGAAGAGAUCAUCACUCCUUGAAGAAGAAUCCAAGUGGGCAUUUGAGCUUAGAAAGUUGAAAAAGCUAAAACGUUUGAAGUUGAAACAUUUCUCAAUGAACGGUGAAGGUUUAACAAAAAUUGCAAAGUCAGUCAUGCAGUUGGCGAAUUUCUCGGAGCUUGAUGUCUCUAAUAAUCCACUGGGGAGCUCGUCUGAGAAUUGGUCGUCAUAUUUGCGCACCAUGACGAAGCUUGAUAAUAUUGAUUUCAGCGACUGCGAUUUGACAGGAUGGGAUGCGAAGUCCAUUGCUUACAAGAUUCGCAACAAGUUUGAAGUUCAGUUAAGGCUCUCGGGCAACAAGAAACUCGGAAGUUCCAUAGACAAAUGGAUGAAACCUUUCCACCGUAUACAUAAUCUGAGCAAACUUAGUUUAAGUAAUUGCAAGAUUCAGGGUAGCAGAGUGGGAGAAAUUAUCGGUGAGCUCAAGAAUGUAAAGGAGUUAGAUCUAUCCUCCAAUGAAAUUGGCAAUGAGGCAGAGUUGUGGGCACCGGCGCUGAAGAAACUAAGCAAGCUUACUAAGUUGGUGCUGAGGUCCUGUGGUCUCACAGCUGAAGCCUUGAAGCAUAUCAAUCACAAUCUCAAGCAAAUCCAGAAUUUUGUUGAGUUGGAUGUAUCGGGCAACCAUGGCGUUGGAAUAUAUGAUGUGGCACCAGUGUUUCCAAGUAACAUACAUAAGCUUGACAUGAGUGAUUGUUGCCUUAAUGGUGAGACACUCGAUCAAUACAUUGCUGAUGAUACAUCUCUGAUUUACAUCAACUUGUCCAAGAAUAAAGACAUUCUCACAUCAACCUUGUCCAAGAUCUUUAAAAAACUGACGAAAUUGGAGAAGUUGUCUUUAAGCGGCUGUUCAUUGACUGGCGAGUUCAUGAAGGAAAUUCUUAGCGACUGUCUUGAGUUAGUAACAUUGGAUGUCUCUGAUAAUGAAAGUCUACGUGGCACGUUGUCCUUGUGGUUAGAAGAGCUGAAAAAGCUGACGCAACUUAAAAGGUUGAAUUUGGUUUCAUGCAACUUGGCGAGUGAAGAUGUUGAGCAGGUAGUACCAACUCUGAAAGAUGCUGUAAACUUUAAGGAGUUAAUUCUUUCAGGAAACAGGGACAUUGGUAGGAAAAGUCUCACAAUUGUAGCUAAAAUGCACAACCUGCACGAGUUGGACCUGAGUGACUGUAUGUUACAUGCAGCUUACAUGGUAGAUUUGUUGAGACAGACGAGCAAAUUGGUCAAGUUGGUCAAGUUGAAUAUCUCUAAGAAUCACGGACUCGGUGGUACUUUGGUCGGUUGGGCUACAGACUUGUCUCACUUGGUAGAUCUCAAUGUGUUGAACUUGGGUUUUUCCUCGCUGAAAGACGCAGAUGCCCUUCCUUUUGCUGAAGCAUUGGCAACAAUGAAAAGCAUCAAUGAACUAUGCAUUGCAGGGAAUGCAGACAUUGGUAAGUCGUCAGACUGGCUGGUGCAACUUAGAAGAAUGAAACUGGAGAAGCUAGAUAUCAGUAACUGUUCACUGUCAGAGAAGGCGAUACGAGUGUUUUUGGAUUACCAGGGUUUUGGUGAUGGUCAAGGCGAAGCAAUGAGUGAUCUCCUUGAUUCUGAAAGACAAUUGGAGGAGUUGGAUUUGUCUUUUCAUCCUGAUCUCGGAGUAGCGCUGACAGCAUAA